GAUUCAAAAAUAAGGAACAUCAACCUUGAUUAUUCAAAAUCAAACGAAAAGUAAACAUAUUUACUGAUAAAAAGAAAACCAAAUAAAUAAAAGCAUAAAACGAAAACCAAGUUCUCAUGAAAUGAGAAACAUUGUUUAACGAAAACAAAAUCUAAAUCUAAAUACUUAAAGAUUCAACGGCCAACUUCAACCAUCAACCUUCAUGCAAUAGAACCACCAACAUUCAUGUAAUAGAACCACCAACCUUCAUGUAAUAGAUAAGUAUUUUAGAUGUUCAAUAUUUCUUAGUGUAUUUUGGAUACAUAUUAGGAAUUGAGAUCAUGUUUGGUAUAAGAUCUUUUCGAGGUUUUAAAUGUUUCGGGUUCUAUCGGAUAUCCAUUUAGAUUCGGGUUCGGUUCGGAUAAUACCCAUAACCCAAAAUACCACAAAACAAGAUCCAUUCGGUAUUUACAUCGGGUUCGGAUCGGUUCGGAUUCAUUUUUAUCGGAUCGGAUUCGGUUCGGGUUAUCGGAUUCGGUUUAUUUGCCCAGGCCUAAUAGACAGAGUUGUUACGAAUUUCAGAAUCAAGUCAACAUUUUUGUCCCUUAGUUGAAAUUUAUUAUAUACAAAUGACCAAUUCACCAAUUUAUGAACACAUGAGUUCUCUAUCACUUGUUAAUGUUUUGUUACUAGUUUUAUGAUCAUUUAGUGGAGAGAAAAGUUUUUCAUAUAUGCAAAUUUGGUGAGAUGAUAAAUUUUAACAUAUAAAAUCUUAUAUUAUGUAUAAGGAAAGUGAUAACUUAGUUACGUAAAUUUUUCUGUUUAUAUAAGAUUUAUAGAUUUUAAAAAAGAUAAACAUUGACAUAUUUUUAAAAGAUUUAUCCAAUUAUAUAUUUUUUAUUAGAUCAUUAAUAUAUUAUCUAAUAAUUUCGAAAUUUAUUUUUAGUCAAUAAAGGAUAAUAUUUAACUUUAUCAUGGUCAAAAUGUCUUUUUACAUAAAUGAUAAGUGUAAUUUUCAAAAACAAAUAACAUCAAUGCAUUUUUCAAAUUUGAAAACAUAAAUAGAGUAUUUUCCCAAUUAUCCCCUAAUACUAUACUAAAGAAUAAACAAAAUGAAGACUUGAAAUCAUGUUAAUGGAUGUCAAACAUAGAACCAUUAACCAAAAGACCUAGAGUAACUCAUUGUUUUAUACUUACAAAUCUAGUUUUUAAAAUUUAACAUGUGUCAUGUGACACCCCUACCUUACAAGUAGGUCCGCCUCUGGUUGUGCAUAUGUUGCAGCUAAGGCAUACUAGUUGCUUUAUUUGUUGCAUCUUAUUACACAAAGCACUCCAUUAGGUUUUGCAUCAUAUUCAUCAUGGCGACUAGAUCUCCAACUGGUGGACCUGUCUGGUCCACCGGUUUGAGUGUCAUUUUUUCCGGUUAUCUCAAUUUUUCUUGGAGUUGAUUUCUAAUUUCUCACAGGCGCCGCUAUUUGUUGAAUCUGAAUUAUCUGAAAUACAUUUGUUUAGAAAUCAAAGGCAUAGAGCGAUGAAAUCGUUUAAGAGAAAUGAAUUUGGCAAGAUUAAGCUAAAUCUAUGAAAUCCUAAUUGUUAUGCCGACUUCUGUGUGUUUUGUGUUUUUUUUCUCUUUUUGAGAGUCAUCCUGUUUUUAUAGUCGAACUCGGUAGCUUUUUUUUUCUUAAGUUCACUUGGAUUUCCUCGACUUUCUCUCUUCUUAUCUGAGACGAGUACAGUUAUCUUGAAACAUGUUGAAGAUAGCAGUCCAUCACCAACGAAUAUGAUUCAUUAUGAACACAUAAUAAUCAUGUUUCCUUUUCCAGAUCUGGGUGGACGGAAAAUGAUUUUUUUUUUUUGACAUCGAACGGCCAUUCUAUUACUCAAGCUUGAUGUGGUUUGGGUAACCAGACCAGAAUAGAACAACCAAUAAAAAAUAACUUCUUAUAAAAGGUCCUAGCAGUUUUAGAUAAAAAAAAUUAGAAAACUGGCUGUGCACUCGUGGCACAUGGGUUCCACGUGAUUAUGAUUUUCUAUUUAAAACUAUGAACUGUAUAUUCGUCAGUCAUAACUCAUAAGGUUGGUAUCUUUUAAUUAGCUUAUAUUUUAUGAUUUGUGCGCAUAACGUGGGAGAUUAAAAUAUGUAGCGAUAUUUCACUUUUAAAUUUGAACGUGCUCCACUAAAAUUUAGAAAAAUACUAUAAUCCGAUAGACUAUAAAAUAGUAAGCAAAGGGAACAUAACAUGUUAUACAACUUUGUUUCUCAAAAUACAAAAAAAAAAAAAAGCUUUUCCUUGUAGAAGGUCAACGGGCUGAUCCAUGGCGAUGUCUAAAAUCCAACCUGUGCUUCUUCUAUUCGUAUCACUUUUCUUUUUACCUGCUUUAUGUUCCAUCGAUUAUGAAUACUGUGACAAAAGUGGAUACGAUUUCGGUAAUGUCAGUUAUGUUGAUAUCACGCCCAACCCCGUUGGGAAAGAGGACAAGGCAACCCUUAUGAUAUUCGGUUUUGCAAAAAAUAGCAUCCAUGGAGGAUAUGUAGGGGUGUCUGUUAAAGCAGGAGAAACUACUUACAAUGUCGCUCGGUACCCUCUCUGUGUGCUGGUUCCUGGAUGCUAUAUUAAAGCCGAAAGCAAAUUUUUUUUACCUCUUAAAAACCUACCUCAUCAUUUUAUUGAGGAUGAGUCCAAAAAUGUGUAUUCCAUUAAACUGGUUGAUACAGAUGUCGGAUUAAUUGAAGCGCCAAUAGUAAGAAUGUGUGUCGAAUUCGAGUUACCUACUUCAGCUCCCACAUUGAUAUCUGCUUAGUCAAGUUAGUGGGUGGAUACUCGUGUCCUUUCAAAUCCUUCUAUGAUUAUGUACUUGUAUCUUUUCCAUUUCUAUGCACUGUGUAACAAAUAAAGAAAAUCCUGCACCAAAAAUAAUAUCUUUGUUUUAGUUUUGGAUUUUUUUUUUGGGAAAAUUGUAUUUUUAGAACACAAAAAUAAUAACUAUGUCCCUUUAGACUAAUCCCAUAUACUUUAUGUCUCAUUAGGCUAAUUAUUUUCAAAAUGACAAUAAUGUCCUUCAAAUUGUAAUUUUUAAAUAUAAUAAAUAAUGAGUUCGAUCAAGCGGGAUCGAUCGAUCCGAAAUUACAAGGUCGAACGGAUCGAUCCUGAUCAUUAUGCAGAACA